CCGCGCUGCGCUUGGCUUUCCGCCCGGUCUCUUCCCGCGGUGACAGCUGUCCUUCCUUUCCCGUCUACUGCAUCAGUAUCCGCGGCCGCUUGCCUUCCCGCAGGGUGUGGAGUUCCAGGGAGCGGAAGGAGGCCCCUCGGACAGAGUCCCCAGGACCAGUGCAAUUUCAGAAUGAAUUCCAUCUUGACCUACACGUUCAAAAACCUUCCCAAUACAUCAAAAUGGGCCCUCAGAUUUUCUCUAAGACCCCUGAGCUGUUCUUCCCAGCUACGAGCUGCCCCAGCUGCCCAGACCAAGUCAAAGAAAACCUUAGCCAAACCCAACAUAAGGAAUAUUGUGGUAGUGGAUGGUGUUCGCAUUCCGUUUUUGCAGUCAGGCACUUCCUAUAAGGAGCUGAUGCCUCAUGAUUUGGCUAGAGCGGCACUUUUGGGUUUGCUGCAUCGGACCAAUGUCCCAAAGGAUGUUGUUGAUUAUAUCAUCUUUGGCACAGUUAUACAGGAAGUGAAGACGAGCAAUGUGGCUAGAGAGGCUGCCCUCGGAGCUGGCUUCUCUGACAAGACUCCUGCUCACACGGUCACCAUGGCUUGUAUCUCUGCCAACCAAGCCAUGACCACAGGUGUUGGCUUGAUCGCUUCUGGGCAGUGUGAUGUGGUCGUGGCAGGUGGCGUAGAGUUAAUGUCUGAUGUCCCUAUUCGUCAUUCAAGGAAAAUGAGGAAGAUGAUGCUUGAUCUCAAUAAGGCCAAGACUCUGGGCCAGCGACUGUCUUUACUCUCUAAAUUCAGAUUGAAUUUCCUGUCACCUGAGCUCCCUGCAGUGGCCGAGUUCUCCACCAGUGAGACCAUGGGCCACUCUGCGGACCGACUGGCCGCCGCCUUCGCUGUUUCUCGGCUGGACCAGGAUGAGUACGCGCUGCGCUCUCACAGCCUGGCCAAAAAGGCGCAGGAUGAAGGACUCCUGUCUGACGUGGUGCCCUUCAAAGUACCAGGGAAAGAUACGGUUACCAAAGAUAAUGGCAUUCGUCCUUCGUCUCUGGAGCAGAUGGCCAAGCUAAAACCUGCGUUCAUCAAGCCCUAUGGGACAGUGACGGCUGCAAAUUCUUCUUUCCUGACUGAUGGUGCAUCUGCAAUGCUGAUCAUGGCAGAGGAGAAAGCUCUGGCCAUGGGCUAUAAGCCAAAGGCCUAUUUGAGGGAUUUUGUGUAUGUGUCUCAGGAUCCAAAAGAUCAACUUUUACUUGGACCAACAUAUGCUACUCCAAAAGUUCUGGAAAAGGCAGGAUUAACAAUGACUGAUAUUGACGCUUUUGAAUUUCAUGAAGCAUUCUCAGGUCAGAUUUUGGCUAAUUUCAAAGCCAUGGAUUCUGAUUGGUUUGCACAAAACUACAUGGGUAGAAAAACUAAGGUUGGGUCACCUUCUUUGGAGAAGUUUAACAACUGGGGCGGAUCGCUGUCCCUGGGACACCCAUUUGGAGCUACGGGCUGCCGGCUGGUCAUGGCAGCUGCCAACAGGUUACGGAAGGAGGGAGGCCAGUAUGGCUUGGUGGCCGCCUGUGCCGCUGGUGGACAGGGCCAUGCGAUGAUAGUGGAAGCUUAUCCAAAAUAAUAAAGAAGAGGUGACCUGGAGUUUCUGCGCAGCACUCGCACUAGGCAAUGCCAUUCCAAUGCAUUACUAACUGACGUCCUUAGUUCCUAGCUCCUCGUAGGAAAAGACAGUUUGUGGCCUUCUCUUAAAUACUUUGCCUUGCUAGUGUUCUGAGCUUUCCAGUAAUCAUGGCUUACUACUCUUUCAGGGAUUUCUUAAUCACCAAAAUCUCUCAGUGUUAUGUUUAAACCAUUGUUUUGGGUCUCUCUUCUCAUUAAAUAUUUCAACGAGUG